AAGUUGGCUUUUUUCUGCUUCUUUCACUCGAGUCUAGUUGCUGGUUCUCCUAUCACUCUUUACCACACGCUAUUACGCUUCACCACUCUCUGCAACUGACACUCUUCUUGCGCUCUUAACUCAUCUUUCCCCCUACAACUUGGACAAGAAAUCGCAUUGACCAUGAAGUUGACUACUUGCUUGGCCUGCUUUGCCUUUCUGGCGGGCACUGCCAUUUCAACGUUGAAUGACUUCACUGACCUCCAUCCGAUCCUGGCACCUAGUUACGACACGGCAAAGCUUUCAAACAUUGUGCCAUCUGCCAAUGCUACCCUAAAUUAUGGCCUUGAUGCUACCAUGGACCCUCGUAGUAGUGUUACCAUUGAUCUACUCGCCGACAGACCUGUAGUAUUACUUGAAGCCAUCGGAGCAGUACUCAAAGUUGCCUGCACCUACAAUACGGUGACUGUCUCCUUUAGCAAUGCAGUUACUUUUGAACAUGCUAUCUCGGAGUGGCCUCGUGGAGGUGGCUUCUACCUGAUCACCAACCAUUUUGAGAAUUGUGAUGCGUCAAAGGAGAGAGGAUUCUACCGGGUCACCAGCCUUAGCUGGGAUAAGGAACAUGCUAGUGUUACGGCGCAGACAGAGAAGACAGACUUCAAGAGCAUAGCGACUUCAUUGGCCGUUACUUUCUCCCAUGUCCAGAGCUCAAUGCAGAACAAUAGCGGGAACAUCACGUUCAACGAGCCCGGAAUCAGCGUCGCCUCCAACUUCUCGCUCCCUACAGGCAUGGCGAUAUUCUCAGACGGAUCCUCGUUCUCUGCUACGGCCAACGACGGAUACCUGAGUGACGCUGCUUUAAUCCGUGGUUACUUCAGUUACGAUGUUCCAAGUUCUCAACUUCAGAAUUGUUGGUUCGACAUAGACGCUGAGUUCUUCGGCGACCUAGCCGUCACUUUCAACCUCACCUCGCCUCUCAGCAACAACAAUUACAUGUUCACCCCUGGAACAUUCUUCCCCAGCUCCAUUGACGUUCCUAGUGCCUUCAGUCUGAAACCAGUGCUUCGUUGGGCAGUCGGGGCCGAUGUGGGAGCUGCUGGUGCAAUGUACCACGACAGCAAUAUCACCAUGACAAUUCCCGACGGGCAUGCACAUGUCGAUUUCUUGAGUAGCAACCAUUCACACGUCGCUGGUUGGUCGCCACGUCUCACCUCUGCUGUCAGCACCGGAGAGGCAUCCACAGGCCAUACAUCGCCAUUCGUUGACUUCACCAUAGAGUUAAGCCUUGAUAUCCUGAACGGGGCAUUCAAUACUACAGGCGGGAUUACAGCGAGACCGCAGUUUGUGAAUGACCUGAACGUAGCACAGAGCCAGACACGUGUCAGGAAGGCCAACCGUAUGAUUUGGCCGAGGAAUGCGACAUGCUCGAAUGGGUACGAGAUCCGUUCGUCUUUCAACUUCACCGUAGGCGCAUAUGUAACGGACCAGUGGCAGAAAACGCUGUAUAACACGGAAAUCCCCAUUGAGGAUGAGUGUAUCUCAUUCUGA